CCGCGGGAAAGUAUUGCUUUCACUGGAAAUACCUUCGGAACUUUCGGCUAUUUUCAUUUUCUUAUGAUAAGGUCAAAGUGACUCGAAAUAUUUAUUUACCUGAGCUUGGAGCUGCCAGUGGUUUGUGAAGUGGCAUACCAUGUCUAUUUGUAAGGGAAAUCCAUGAUGUAUUCCAUUGGAAUGGAUUGACAGUAUCCUUUCUGUUAUUCCAAUCAAAAGAAAAUGGCGUCAAAUAAAGAAGACGGAUCUGGCGAAAAGACUGUAAACCAGCUGUUAUGGGUUUACCUGCUUGUGUCGGCAUCCCUCUCCCUUGCAUGGGGUUUGGGGGUGUGGGGAUGCUCGUUUCUCUGGGUGUUUAUUGUCAUAGCAGCCCUGUUUGUCGUCUGGAAGACAAAGCUCACUAAUAUCGUGAAGAGACACUUAUCAAUGGAAGAACAGAGGAUACACAGGAAAAAAGCCCUGAGACAGAGUGAAACGCUUGAGUGGCUCAACUUCGUUUUUAACAGAUGGUGGGUGUUUAGCUCCAGUAAUCUUGAGCAACUGAUCAAGAAAAGGAUAGAUGAAAGAUUACAGACAGUGAAACCAGGAUGUCUGGAUAAAAUGGAAUUAUUAUCAUUCCAAUUUGGUGAUCAGACUCCGGCUGUUAAGUAUGUGAGGGCAUUUGAGUACUCAGAAGGAGUCCCCGGAGGUCAUAAACCAGUGAGCUGGGUGAGCGUGCACUCCCCGCCCUGUGGCCUGGAGAAGAUGUCUAACUACCAAGUCGUACUACAGGCGGAGGUGGAUACGGUGUGUGAGGACUUCAAAAUGGUGUUCAGGUCAACCAUCGGCAAGGCAAGAAUGGGCCUUAGUUUUGACAUGUCUGUUGAGAACCUCUUUAUCAAGGGCAAUCUCCAGGUCAUCCUACAUAUGUCAAUGGAUGUACCGUUCCCUCACGUCACCAAGGCAACCAUACUCUUCACUGAGCUCCCUGAGGUUUCAUUCAGCGUAAAUGUUUUAAAACAUUUAAAUAUCAUGCAAGUUCCGCUCAUUAAAUCCUGGCUACAAGCUAAUGUGAUGGAGGGCCUUACAAAAGCCCUUGUUGAUCCUGGAGUGAUCGACAUUCCUAUAGCCAAGACUGGUCCCAUACAAAUCAUGAAGAAGUCUGACAAGCCAGAUCCAAUGGCUCAAGGUGUCCUUACUAUUUUAAUCAAAGGCAUUCCCAAACCAACCCCUAAAAAAGCUCCAACAGGGCCAGAAGAGGUGCGUUAUACAAUGGUAAAAGUUGGAGCAAAGAAGCGCCAGACUUAUGACGUCAUGGCAACUGAGGAGUGGGAGGACAUUUGCUCCAUGUUGGUCUACUCUCUAACCAAAGACAAGAUUGUCGUAAAGAACAAAUGUCGCCGUUUACUUACCAAUAUAACCUUGGAUUACCAUGAGAUUCUGUUGAAUUCUUUGCCUUUAGAAAUGGAGAAAAAUAUUUCUACAACCCUAACCAACAAAGAUGGCAGCAAACACGAGUUGAAGUUACAGUACACCCCACUUACCUAUAUAGACUUGGAUAUAACAUCUUCUGACCCCCCUCAGCUAGACUCCCCUGAGUUGGCUGGGGUGAUGUUUGUGAGUGUUCACAGUGCAGCUGGAGUGGUCGCCGCGGACAAAAGUGGUACAUCAGACCCGUAUUGUGUGGUGUUUUGUGACAGGCGUCGGGUAAUGACCACACCGUACAUUCCCCGUACGAGAAACCCUCACUGGGAGAAGUCAGUGGAAUUCUUCACUGGCGAUUAUACAAAGAUGAAUCUAUCAUUUUACGUUUUUGACUGGGAUGGCAGUAGUACCAUUGAUGACGACUUUUUGGGAUCCGCCCACCUGUCACUCAAAGAGGGUGAGAGUGGGUUCCUGAAAAAGGGUAUCACCCUUGGCUACAACAAGCGGUCAGAAGGUUACGUUACAGACUCUGCCUUCGGAGAGAUCACUGUGUCCGUCGUGUUCCGACCGAUCUCCUCUGUCGCAAAAUCAGAGCGGUACCGCCUGGUCAGUAGUGGGGCUCCCCAGGACUACCUGUACACAGAGGACCUGGUGUCACCUUCGUCUGUUGGAGGUGGUCCUGGUGACCCUCAGAGAUCGGCCUCUUGCUUACAGGACUUCCCUGAUGAUAAGAUCCUGGUGGACCUGACCAUCCUUCAGGCAGAGAAUCUCAUGGCAAUGGACAGGAACGGUUCUAGUGACCCAUACUGUGAAGUGUUGCUUGGCAACAAAAAGAUAUUCAGGACCACCGUCAAAAAGAAAAUUUUGUUUCCCAAAUGGAAUGAGAGCACUACUUUUGAGGUGGAGGACGAUACUCAGAAUGUUGAGAUUAAUGUGUAUGACAAAGAUGUGUUCACGAGAGACUUCCUAGGGAAAGUCAUGCUGACUAUGGACAAACUCAAGGAGAUCUCCUACAAGGCUAAACCAGAAUGGCUGACUUUGGGAAGAGCCAAGAAUGGACGCUUACAGAUAAAAUGUACAGUGACUUGCAAAGAAACAAUUGAAGCACAAAAGAAGAGUAAGAAGGGAGAAAACUCUAAGAAACUCAGUGUGCCUACCACACCCCCAAUUGAGGAUGAGGUGUUUGAGGAGAUGGACUCGCCAACCAUGAGUAAAUCCAGCCCCCCAGCCAACAGGUCUGAGCCCCCUCCUAAUGGCAAUGCUAUGGAGGCAGUUUCAGAACAGGUCGCCCCUCGGAAGGUAGAGAAGCUCCAAGCAGCCAGGCCUUCUCAGUCCUCUCAGAACUCCACCAACGCUACACUACCACGGGCGGGACGGAAGGACCAGGGGACAGUAUCCCGACAAAACUCUGGCAAUGGGGGACUAUACAGAUCUGCCUCUGACCUUAACAUGGGUAAACGAAGGACAUCUCAAGGUCAUACACUAACACCAGGCUCGGGAAUGAGACAUUCAGAUUCGACAAACUCAUUCACUGCCCUGCAUCAUGGGGAUAACAUAUCAAUGAACAGCAGUGUAGCUGGGGUGGAGAGAAUCUACACUGUGUCAGGACGUAUCCUCAGAGUGAGAGGGCUGUCACUCCCUGACACUGCCAGUAUUUACUGUAAAGUGCGUAUUUUCAAUCCUAGUCAGCGCCUUAGACUGCUGUCCGGUAACAGAGUCAUUGCCAAGUCUGCCAUGGUCAAGGUCACAGAUCCCCUUCUCAAUACAACAUUUGAGAUUGACCGCGGGGCAGGUGUGAAUGUGGACACUGUUCUCACUUUGGACAUCAAACUGGAUCACAAGGAACAUGUGGCUCAGCAAUCCUUUACACUGGAGCACCUUUUCAGAGAUUAUGAGGAGGGAGGGGUACAGAAAUGGCUGCCUCUAUCCAAAGGAGUGUCGGUGGAAGUAUUCCUGACAAAGGGCAAACCUAACCCUCAUCUAGUCAACAGGAAGGCUGCUCGCUUCAACAAAUCAUGGUCAUUUAGGAAAGAAAAAAUUCAUUAGUUCUCCGUGAAUUUAUUUGAAGAUUUGAUUUUAAAAGCUGGCCUUUGAAAGGGAUACAUGUAUCAACAAUGCUUCUCUAAUGGUUUUUGUUGGAUUUAGUAAGAGAUUAUGUAUGAGGAGAAAAUGUACACAGCUACUUCUGUUAUUGUAAUUCAACAACAUGAUGUGUGAAAAGGAAGUGUUUAGGACUGAUCUGUCAAGACUGCUGGAGAACAAUGCUGAAAGAUUAUAUAACCAUUGUACAAGAAGGUGCUGGUGAAAGAAGAUAUAUCCAUUAUACAAUUUAUACUCUAGGUCUGAAUAUUUAAUAUAUAAGAUGUUACUGUGUGUGUGGCACUUUAUAUUUGUAAUACAUUUGAAUAUGUAUAGUCUCUUUGAACUUUAUGUGGCUUUUUAUACUUCAACACUAUGACAUUGUUAUUACCGGCGAUGGUAUGUAUAUUUUAUAUUGCUCAAUAUACUUGGCAUUGUUUUUUUUAUUUGUACAUGAACUGAUGAUUAAAAUUGUAUUGAAAAUUUAAACAUGAUCAGGAUUUUCUGACAAUGAUAAUUUCUCACAUGUAAGAGAUUCUGUAAAAUAUCUGGCAACAUUUUCUGUAUUGUGUUUUAUGUUUGAACCGUUUUAUUGUGCUCCUGUCAAAAACAGGUAUGUACUCAGUACAACAUUAUUGUUUUAAUUUGCGAUGAUUUUUGUCUGACAAUUCUUACCUUGCCUGUACACAUUACCUUAUGUUGUAUGUUAUUCUAGCUAUUCUGCUUUUACUUUGUUUUUAGUUCUAUAAAUUAUGAUAAUUUUAUAGUAAGCUAUAAUCAUAGAAAAGCUUGGUAAAUAUUUUUAAUUCUGUGCUUUUUGUUAAAUUUGUUAUUCCUUCAGAUUUCCAUUUUAUUUAUUUGUUUAUUUUACAUCCUAUUUAUGUAUAACAUUCCAGGUACUCUAAGAGUAUUAUCCUUCUUUUUAGUUUAGCACAGCUGGUCUGAAAGGCCUAGAUAUAUGAUGAAGUGGCACAGCGUCCGUUGUCUGUCAUUCAUGGACUUUCCAUUAUAAUGCUUGCUAGUCCAGAAUGGCUGCAAGGAUUGUGAAUAAAGACUUGGAUUGAACAUUUCCUUGACCAAGGGAAUCAAAUGUUGUUUAACCUUUUAACCCCUAUGUAACUUUAAUUGUCUCUCCCAUGCAUUGAUCUUGAUGAGUCCAGGAGGCACGGUAGUCCCGUGGUAGGACGCCGGGCUCGUGACAGAAGGAUUGCGGGUUUGCGCCACGGCAUGGCAAUGUGUUGUAUCUUUGAGCAAGAUACUUAACUCCGCUUGUUCCAGUCUGCUCAGCUGUAAAUGAGUAUG